AUGGUGGGCGCUCCAGCAACGCGCGUGUUGCUCCCCUCUUCGAACUCCAACACCUCCUUGCCUCCCACCUCCCCAGCUUUGAAUGGCAAAGCAUUCACCAAGUCUGGAGCGAUGGAGAUGAGCAAAGCUCCACCGUCGCCCGCUGCCAAGGUCAAGGCGGCAGCAGCAGCGGCUUCUGCUGCGGGAGCAGGCAAUGCAUCGAGAAUCGCGCACGGGGGCAUGCCUAGUCCUGACCCUCAGAACGGCGCCAAUGACAAUGAGUCAAAGAACAGUUGGAGGAGCUGGAAGAGGGGAGAGGGCCUUCAAGCUUGGGAAAUGGAUCUGCUCAACAAGCCAGAGGUCAAGAGGAAGGCCAAUGUUGCCCAAAUGUGUGAGUAUCGGCCGCUAAAGUCAAGCUGCGUUGUCUCUUGGCAGCGAAGCGUGUGAGCCGGCUUGUGUCAAAUCAUCUUGCCAGGAUCGCGGUACGAUCGAGCAGCGGAGCUGUCUGACGCCCGCAUACACUCUCUUCCAAAACUUGUCCCGUGAUGCAUAGUCUUCCUGAACAACUACUUCGAGUCUUUGCGCUACCUCUCCAAUCGCCGAGCUCGCACGACCGCAUUCAAAGCCGCUCAUCCAGGCCCCCUCGAGAUGACCGGCUCCUCCGAAGCAGCUUCCUACUUGGGCAGAGAGAGAGCGCUGCUCCGCAAACGCAGGACAAAGCUCAGACUGGACAGUUUCCACAUCAUCGCUCAGGUGGGACAGGGCGGGUACGGGGAGGUGUUCUUAGCUAGGAAGAAGGACACAGGACAAGUUUGCGCGCUCAAAAGGCUCAGGAAACGUGUGCUGGUCAAGAUGGACGAAGUGCGGCAUGUGCUCACCGAGAGAGACAUUCUGACGGCGACGAACACGCCUUGGCUUGUCCGUCUGCUCUAUGCAUUUCAAAACAAGGAACACGUCUUCCUGGCCAUGGUGAGUACGCCGACGGCCAGCCCCAGCUCGUUUCGAGACGUUUGCUCACCCAGAUUCCGAUUUAUGCGCACAUCUUGUCCGUCUGGCCACAGGAGUACGUGCCUGGAGGUGACUUCCGCACUCUGCUUAACAAUAGCGGUGUGCUUCAGCUGGAAUGUGCUCGCUUCUACAUGAGCGAGAUGUUUGUUGCUUGCAAUGAGCUUCACAAGCUCGGCUACAUUCAUCGUGAUCUCAAGCCCGAGGUGAGCUGAUGCGCAUCCAACCGCAAAUGCCUACAGUGAUACUCAGUCCGUUGGCCUUGCCCUAUUCGCAUCUUAGAACUUCCUUGUGGAUGCCACUGGCCACAUCAAGCUGACCGACUUUGGUCUAGCCGCUGGUGCAAUCAACCCCGGUCGACUCGACAGCAUGCGAGGCCGAGUGAGUGUGACUUUGAUAGCUUGGAGCAAAUGAGGUCUGAUUCACGUUCCGCUGACUUUGUUAAUGGCUGCGAUAUACCCGGAACAGCUCGACGCCGUCAAAGACGUGGACCUGGUCUAUCGCACACCUCACGAGCGCUCUUCCCUGUACAAACAGAUGAGAGCUCAGAACGUGCAGCACGCUGAUUCCAUUGUCGGUAGUCCGGAUUACAUGGCGCCGGAAGUUCUGCGCGGCAAAGACUAUGGUGUGGGCGUAGACUACUGGUCUCUCGGCUGCAUCCUCUUUGUGAGUGCCGGCGCUUGGAUCUCCAGAUGUUUUUCGGCAGGCCUUGAUCACAUCUGACUGCUGACGAGAUGUGUCGGGCCUUUUACAACUUGCUUGGCACCCGCAGGAGUUCAGAUGCAGCUUCCCGCCCUUCUCUGGAGGAUCGCCCGAUGAGACUUGGGCCAACCUGAAGAAUUGGCAACAGUGCUUGCGUCGUCCAGUCUACACGAAGCCUCAGGAUUUACAAUUCAACCUGAACGACGUUGAGUGGAACGUGAUGACAAGGUGAGGCAUAUUGAAUUCACCACGAGCAGAGUGCAGCGAGCUCACAGUGGACCUUCGUCUGUGAUCACCCCGCCAAGUCUGAUUGCUGGGCCCAAGGAGCGUCUCAGUACCCUAGCAGCUGUGCAAGCCCAUCCAUUCUUUGCGCCUCUGGACUUUACGAAGCUGAGAGAGGUCAACCCGCCGUUCUUGCCGCAACUGGAAGGCGAAACGGAUACUGGUUACUUUGACGAUUUCAACGAAGGCUCAGAAGACAUGGCCAAAUACAAGGAGGUCUUUGAGAAGGCCAAGAAUGUGGAUGCGGUCAAGGAGGGCAGCGCUGGCGGGCGCGGCAUGUGGGCUGGCUUCACCUUUGGAAAGAACGUGAGUAGCGUAUGAAAGCCGACGUAUUCCUCGGUAACUUGGCUGGAAUUGAGCAACGGCGAACCAACAUGCUAAAAGAAUGGAUCGUUCCGUUUCCUUGCAGGUAAACGCACCGCCCAACGAGGCUUUCUUCGACAAAGACGCCAGCGACGCCUUUGCCACCCUCAUUUAA